AUGGCGCCCGCGCCGGAUCCUCCGCGGGCAACGGCAUGCCCCCAGCCGACUUUCACACGGCUGGUCGCCCAAAGGGGAGGGACGCAGACCAGGCAGGCGGGGAGGUCGGCCCAGAGGAUGCCGGUGGCGGCGCCGCACCCCGGGCGCGGGCACCGGGCGCACUUGCUGGCGAGGGCCGUCGAGACGCAGCCCCUGUCGUCCAUUGAGAUUGAUGACAGCAUAGAGAUAACGUUCGAUGGCGACAAAGAUCCGGCGGCCACCUUGAUGUGUGUGAGGGGAGACGACUGCUCUGGCCUGCUGGAGCCGCUUUCAGUGUCCUUGCGAAACCAGGACCUCGUCAUUCUGUCCGCCACAGUGAACCCGACUGAUGGUGUCUUCAGAGUUACCAAUCAGGAUGGUACCAAGAUUGAUGCCAGAGCAUGGGAGGACUGCCGUGUGAAGAUACAGAAAGACCUUGUGGCUGCAAGAAUAUUCAGCACCCGGCCAUUGGUUUAUGGCAUACAGCUGGGUGGAGGAAAGCCAAUCAAGCCCAUAGCACCAGGUUUCCAGAUGGAGAACGUGGAUUCGCUGCGCCAAACAGCUGAAGAAGUAGCCCAGGCGGCACUGACUUUGGCUAAGCUCGAAAAGGAAAUAGUGGAUAUGAUUUCUAAUGGGGGUGACGUCUCAGAGUUGACCAUCAAGGAGGCUGACAGGGCAACGGCUGCAGCUCUGUUGGACAGACCAUUGCUGCAAUUGGAAGCAAUGUUGGCAAUGAGAAGAGCUCCUGAGAAACCCACAGAGCCUGAAGCUGCCCGUGGUGGUGGUGCAGAUCUACGUUUCCAGGCUGGUGGCGGAACCAGCACAGGACCAGCCACAGGCAAUGGGUAUGAGAUCAUUCUGCAAGGGUUUAAUUGGGACUCUCAUCACCAGGAUUGGUACAAGAUCCUUGCCAAUCAAGCCACUGACUUUGCUAAACUGGGCUUUACUGCUGUGUGGUUGCCACCGCCAAGCGACUCUGUUAGCCCGCAGGGAUACCUCCCUCGGGACUUGUAUAGCCUGAACUCUAGCUAUGGCUCUGAGGCAGACCUUCGGCAUGCCAUAUCUUGUCUCCACCAAAAUGGCCUCAAGGUUCUUGCAGACGUGGUGAUCAACCACAGGUGUGCAUCAGAACAAGGGGAAGGAGGAAAAUGGAAUAAGUUUGGUGGGCGCUUGCCAUGGGAUGCAAGUGCCAUAUGCACAGGAAAUCCAGAGUGGGGUGGCAGGGGAAACCCAAAACAAGGAGAUGAGUAUGCUGCAGCACCGAAUAUUGACCAUUCAAACCCACAAAUCAGGGAGGACAUCACAAAGUGGAUGACAUUCCUCAGGCAGAGCAUAGGGAUCGAUGGGUGGCGAUUUGACUUCGUUAAGGGAUAUCCAGGCACCUACUUGAGGCAAUACAUUGACAACACUGUCCCCGAGUUGGCCAUUGGCGAGUUCUGGGACACCUGUGAGUACACAGACAGUGUGCUGAAUUACAACCAGGACCAGCACCGUCAGCGCACUGUGACUUGGUGCGAUUCCACUGGGGGGACGUCUGCAGCCUUCGAUUUCACCACAAAAGGGAUUCUUCAGGAAGCAGUGGGACGACAAGAGUAUUGGCGUCUUGUGGACCCUGAAGGCCGCCCAGCAGGCAUGGUGGGCAUGUGGCCAUCUCGAGCUGUUCUCUUCAUCGACAACCAUGACACAGGUUCCAGCUUGCAGCACUGGCCCUUCCCCACAAAUUCACUUCCUGAGGGCUAUGCUUACAUACUGACGCAUCCUGGGACACCGUGCGUUUUCUACGACCACAUUUGGCAAGAUGCCGAUGGGCUGAGAAAGUGCAUUGAGGACCUGCUGCGCAUAAGGAAGAGAAACGAAAUCCAUUGCAGGUCCUCCAUCAAGAUCUUCCAGGCAUCAUCGGAUGUGUACAGUGCAGUGAUCGACGCCCGCAUCGCGAUGAAAAUGGGGCCAGGGAACUGGUCACCAAACAAUGACAAUGCUGUGGCAAAUAGCUCUGGUCAGAAAGAGUGGAAGAUGGCAGCCUCUGGUCGAAAUUUUGCAGUUUGGGAGGCGCAAUAG